AUGAGGGGCAUCAGACUAAGGACGGCCUCUCAGCGCCCUCUAGUGGCUCAUCCUGCGCAGGACAAAGGGGCAGGGGCUUCAGAUUUUAGAACAGAGUUUGCUCUGAGUGAAGAGAGGAACAUUAUUCGACUCUCGCUCCAACACGACGUUUUAACGCCAUCCGUCUGCCCUGCCUUUUCACACUUACUCUGGAAUACAGGAUUUGAAGUUAUUUUGCUUUUUAAGCUCAGGUGUUAUCUACAAAUCUCAACAUGCAAUUUCUCUACAUCAGUGCUGUUUUCACGUUACUUUUUAGAGGUGCCAGACCUGGCUUACUGGUGCCACUCUCCGGGCCUGACCAAUGGGGAGGUAACUUGCCGCUCCCCUCGUGGCCCGUCCUACCGCAGCACCCUUGGGACCCGCUGUGACAUGAAGUGUGACCCGGGAUACAGACUUAUAGGAAGGAACGCCAUUCAGUGCCUUGCCAACCGCCGCUGGUCUGGAACAGCUAUUUGUCGCAAGAUGCGUUGCCAUGUUUUGCCCCUUGCUUAUCAUGGAAGUUACACCUGCAGCCAGGGAUUUAUGGUGGACUCCAGGUGUGACUUCAGGUGUGACCCUGGCUACCGCUUCGAAGGGGAGCACUCACGCACCUGUCUGAAGUCUGGCCUGUGGAGUGGGGUCCAACCAGUCUGUUCAGACAUGGAUCCCCCAAAGAUCAAGUGCCCUCUCUCCAGACUGAAGUUUGCUCAGCCUGGUAAGCUGGUGGCUACAGUCUCCUGGGAUCGACCAGUGGCCUCAGAUACUGCUGAUAAAUCACUUGAGGUUAUACUUGUCGGUCCAGAGCCAGGCUCUGAAUUUAAAGAAGGACCCACCAUUAUCCGAUACAAGGUUUAUGAUCAGGCCAAAAAUAGAGCUGCCUGCAAGUUUAUAGUCCGCGUUGAAGCUUUAGACUUGAAAUCUUCACAUUUAAAAACGGCCUCUUCUCUCCUGGACCAGUUCUAUGAGAAGCGUAGGCUACUCAUUGUCUCUGCUCCAAACAUAACUGACCCAGACUACCAGCUGCAGAACAUGAUGAUACAGACGUCUGACUGUGGCUUAGACCUGAGACAUGUGACAGUGGUUGAGCUGCUGGGCUCUCCGCCGCGUGAGACUGGGCGCAUCAAAGAAGACUCCCUCACAGCCGAUGUCAUUGAGGGUUUAAAUCCCAUGCUGCAUCUCAUGAAGGGCUGUUGAUGUCAAGACUCAGCC